UGUAGGUUGAUUGUUUUUUGUGUGCGUGUGUGUUAUGAUCAUUUGUUACAAACGCGUUAAUAGAUAUUUCACCUAAAAGAAUGAUUGGGUUUCUUUAAUCCAAAUCCACAGACAGAAGAUUUCAACCAAAACAUUGGGUCAAAAAUUUUGAUCCAGCUUGCCAGGCUAAAGAAGGAACUUGAAGGACGUUCUUUAUAGAAAAUCGUUUUAAAACUUUUCGGCUUGAUCGGACUUCAUUGAUUCCCUUUGCCAGAUGCAAUAAUAAAUAGCCAGAUGGCAAAUUAUUCUGUGUAGUAUUCCGUUCACCAGAGUAAAGCGUGAAGCAGAAAAGCGAGUAAGCGCCAUGGCCCGAACCAAGCAGACCGCCCGUAAGUCCACCGGAGGGAAGGCACCCAGGAAGCAGCUGGCCACCAAGGCCGCCCGCAAGAGCGCCCCGGCCACCGGCGGAGUGAAGAAGCCUCACCGCUACAGGCCCGGUACCGUGGCUCUGCGGGAGAUCCGCCGCUACCAGAAAUCCACCGAGCUGCUCAUCCGCAAGCUGCCCUUCCAGCGCCUGGUGCGAGAGAUCGCCCAGGACUUCAAGACCGACCUGCGCUUCCAGAGCUCCGCCGUCAUGGCUCUGCAGGAGGCCAGCGAGGCCUACCUGGUCGGCCUCUUCGAGGACACCAACCUGUGCGCCAUCCACGCCAAGAGGGUCACCAUCAUGCCCAAAGACAUCCAGCUGGCCCGCCGCAUCCGCGGAGAGAGGGCGUAAACACUCACCCGGCCUCCACACGGAAGGCCGGGUGAGUAAUGACAAUGGGUCGCAUUAAUGAACAUUAAUGAACAUUAAUGCGACCCAGCAAUCCUAAGUAAACUAGCUUGUUUACUUAGGAUAAAGUUAGCCCUUUACAAGCUAGUUAGCAAGUGAUGCUAGUGUUAGUUAUGCUUUACCUUCACACUUGGACCAAAAGAAAUAGGUCGUAGUUACAUAAAAGGUCAAUUUAAGAGUCCUGGAGCUGAAAUAUGAAUUGUCUAUGUAAAAAUACAGAAAGCUUUUCAGUACAUAUAAAAAUUGUUUGAUCGCUUAAAUGUCCAUUAAGGCUUUCCUAUGAAUUAUCACAAAUGAUAUAAAUAAUUUUUUCAACUUUGUUGAAAUGAAAAAUGAUUUUUAUUAAUAUUUUUUUUCAGAUUUUUUUAUAUUUUUAAAAUUACAACCCUUGAGACAUAUACUUGGGGUUUAUCCAAACGGCGUAGCGGUUUCAUUUGUAAUGCAGCGUCUAGCUAAAACCAAGUCAUUCACUUUGAACCGAAUAUGAACUGUUUUCUAUUUCACCGGCACUGUUGUUGUCUUAUAAUGUGAGACACUACCCCAUCAACCCAUUGACAGGAGUACCUGCAGUGACUGACCACAUCUGGAACAUUUUCAACACGCAUCGUGCAGUUUAACAAUAGCGCCAUACAUAUUAAAGUCUGCGCACAAACAGCAACCCUGUUUUUCCAAAAAGACAAAAGAAAUAGCAUGAGAUGAAACGUCCUGCUUUCUCAAACAAUGGAACACCAUUGGAGACUCCUAUAGCUAACGCCAGCUUGCAAACAGAAACGGGUCUUUGUGCGAAUCGUCAAAUGACAAACAUGCCUUGUACUUUGAGAUAGGGUUUUGGCAUCAUGCCUAAUGCUUAUGGCUGGCACGAGAGGACCCUUGGCAAACAGGAAAACAUGGGGGUGGAUAGCAAAUAACAGCAGCGAUUUAUUAUUAUUAUUAUUAUUAAUAGUAAUAAUAAUAAUACAUUUUCAGCCUAAGUUUAGAAAUUAAAGAUUUUGGGCCAGGUUGCUUUGGACACGAACACAUGGUAACAAAGAGGACAUAAGAAAAAAAAAAAAAAGAAGAAGACAUAUUUUCUGUCUGAGACAUUGAAUAAAGAGAGCAGGGAACUGAGUUGCCAGAGUGAAAGGUGGCAUAAUAGAAGGACAGCAAGAUUGAGCAGGAGGUAGGGAGCGAGACAACAUUUCUCUGAGGGGUUGUGAUUACUUGGCCUAGCAGCUGCUUUACUGCUGGCACUGGCUUUGUGCUGCAGAGUGUUGGCACAAACACAUACACAGAAUCACACAUUUGCAGAGGGAGGGGGGGUCAGUGCAGCAGAGGCGAGGACAGUGUGUGAACCGAGAUGCCAUAACCAUUACUGGAACACCAACAGCAGGCCAAAAGUACAAAGUCUCGCAAAAGUGGCCAUACCCCUGGAACUUGAAUGUUACGCAGGGACGCAUGUUUUUCAACCUUUUUACUGGUAAAAAAAAAUAAAAAAUUAACUAUGGUAUUUAUAUAUAUUUAUUGCACCUGUUUUGCCAUCGACUCUGAUCAGCUUUCCUGUUCAAGCUGAGGAAAGGCGUACUUACUCCUAUACAGUACCACCGCUCUUACUACGGCGUGUUCUGGCUGAUGUUCUGGCAUUGUGUUUCUUUCCAUGAAACACAAUGGUUUGCAUUUUGGUUUGCAAAAAACUCUACUUUUGGUUUCACCUGACCAGAACAUCUUCUCCAAAUGCUUUCUAUUCCCGAUACAGGUCAUGUCAAAAUGAAAAUAUUAGGUUUUGUGAUUUUCUUAUAAAAAUGGCUCUGCUGUGUAUUCAGCAGAAGUUGGGCUGCUUCUGUGACUUAUUAAUCUUGUUGGGCGGCUUAGAAGUUGUGCCAUCCUCUUUACAUUUUAACGUUUCCAAAAAUGUAGUGUAAGUAUUAACAUUUUAUUUUCCGCAAACCCUUAACAGGAAACCGUGUCAGCAUUCCCUGUGCACAUCC